GUAAUAACGGUUUUGGGUUUUUGCUGGUCGUUCACUUUUUACGGCUAACUAAUUAGUACUUGAAUAAACGCACGGGAUUUUUGCGAACCGAUCGGAAAUGUUUUCGAAAUCAUAUAGUCUCUGUGAGUGCGACUUGAAGUAAUUCAUUUAAAUGUACUGAAACAUGAGAUUUUUAAGUGAUUUGGGAUUGUGAAAUGGUUAAAAAACGGUUUAAUUGUCGAAAAUAAAAAUAUAUAUAUCACAAUAUAGUUCUUCUGCAUUUAUGUAAGGACAUAUCAGCAUAUAGGCGUUCUAAUUGUGGAAUAAUUUUAAGCGAAAUAUUCAAACAGUCCACAACAACAAGCAGCAAGCUGUAUCAACAAAGUCCAGCUGCCCUAAAAAUAUGCCAUCAAAUUCAUUAAAUCCACCGGCGUUAUAGCAAUCCACAGAAGCUGCCACAGUAUUUGAAACAUAAAGACUAUUUGAGAUAACCAAGCCGCGUUUGAGAAAAUGCAGCUUAAUCAUUUACUAAAUUGGGCAAUAAGCUGCGCUUUUAUUUGCCUGCUAACAGUGGAUUUCGUUACUUCACUGCGAGAUGUGCGCGUCAAAAUCCCACAUGCCGCGCGACGCGGUGAAAAGGUGACACUGAAGUGUCUCUACGAUCUGGAGGGCGACAGUCUGUACUCAGUGAAAUGGUAUAAAGGACGGCGCGAGUUCUACAGUUUCACGCCGAAAGAAACGCCAGCAAUUAAAGUCUACCAGAUAACAGGCGUGAGAGUGGAGCGUUCAGCAUCCAAUGAGAGCCAAUUAGUACUGGACUCGGUUACUGUCUCCACGACUGGCAAAUAUAGUUGUGAAGUGUCAGCAGAUGCGCCAUCUUUUCACACGGAGAUCUCGGCCGGUGAACUGGAAGUGGUUGAAGUACCGGGAAAGGAUCCAGCUAUUUCCGGCAUAAAAUCACGUUAUCGUGUUGGUGACAUAGUUCGUGGCAAUUGCACGUCGCGACAUUCCAAGCCUGCAGCAAAUCUAACCUGGACCAUAAAUGGACGAGAGACCAACCCCUCUCAUAUACGCCAUCACAAACCCAUGCGAGAGGCGCGCGAACUGGAAACAGCCGUUUCGGGCAUACACUUCGUGAUCACACCGCAGCAUUUUAGCGCAGGAAAAUUGAAGAUACGCUGCACUGCACACAUACACGAUGUCUACUGGAAAUCGACAGAGAAAUCGAUUGAAGAGGAACGCCACAAACACAACAUCAACUCGGUUAAUACAUUUUCAGAUGAUUACUUUGAUUCGGAGGACGAGCAACUGAUCGAUCGAUCAGACACAUAUACGACGCAUAUAAAAGGUGCCGUCUCAUCCUUGAAUGCCAAUGGCGCAACACAACAACAUUGUCAUUGCCUGUCAUUGCUGGUGCGCUGGACGACAGUGGCGCUGGCGGCCUGGCAUGCUACGCGAUAUUUUCACCAAUUAUGCCGGCAAUUGUUUGUUUGGCGUGAAACAAUGGCGUCAAAAGGAACAACAAUGCAAGCAAUCAGAACAACAACAACAGCAGCUACAACAACCAUAGCGCAUAAUAGGACCCAAGCGCGAGCCAAAGGGCAACUAUUAAGUGGGACAAGUGCUGACGAGGCAACUUCGAAAGCUGCCGUAAUGACAACACAAGCGCGAAAAGCAACAACAACAAGAACAGCAACAGCAGCAGCAGUUGUAGCAAUGACAGCUUGCCGCAGCAACUGGGCAGCCGCCGUCGCGCAAACAAAAUAUCGAACGCGAAAUGAAACGACGAGUUCACAAUUAAUAGAGAGCAUAAACGCGCAGCAACAGUUACAGCGCCGGCCACAACAACACUGGCAGCAGCAACAUAUAGUUGGCUUUGAAAAAGGGCCAACAACACAAAAGCUGGCACAACAACUACAAAAGCACUCGAGGAAAGGGGCGGCAACACUGCCAACAAUGCGAAUAGCAAUUAAAGCGAAAACAGCAAAAACAACAGUGAAAACAGCAACAACAAAUGAUGCUGUUGCAGCAAAACUGUUGCUUGCGCAUGCAACGCCAACGGCAACAUGAUUCCAUCGUCUUUAGAAUACGAGUAUAUAUAGUAGAUAAAAACAAAACAAAAAAAAAAUCAAGAAAAAGUGGUGUAGAGUGGACGAGCGAAGCACGACGAACUUCUUUGACACACAAAAUUAUUCUCUUCGGCAUUAGUGAUGAGUUCUGCUCGCAUUCUCCUAGACUUACUUAAACUACUCUUAAAACCCAACUGAAUUUGUGUCGGAUGUGUAGUUUAGACAUUCAUUUACCGAAAAUUCCGAAAAACUGACGCCUAAAGCGAUUUAAAAUUUGAGUUUUUCAGACGAAAACUAAAAAGGCCAUAAGCCAUUUGAUGUUAGCCGCCAGCAGUUUGUGAGCAAGCAAUUAAUGCACAGGCAACUACCAGCUAUAGAACACUAAUAACACUAGGCGUGUGCCACACAAAGUUACAAAAGCACACAUAUAUAUACAAAAGUUGUAAUGAAAAACUAUUACACAGGUAUAUUUACUUAAACACUCAUAUUACACAUGUAAACAGUUACCAACGUACAUAUGUUGUACUUCCAAUUAUGUAGGCGAUCAAACUGCUAAUUUUCCCAUGCAAUAAACCAAUAAUUUGAUUUUGUUUUCAAAAUUCAAUACAAAUAUCAAUUAUAAACGCUUAAUUUGCCGACUGGAGUACUUAGGCGUUUACAUUUUUUUUGCCCACCACUUAAUAGGCCACUAAAUAGGCGUUGUUAUUGCAUGUUUAUUGAUUACUAAAAUUAUUUUGUUAUGAUUUUCAAUAAUGAAUAUUAAGGUAAGUACUUAAACUCGUGCAAAUAUGUACAUAAAGAAUCAAAAAAAAAUAAUAAUAAUAAAAGAAAAGAAAAAACAGAAAAGUGUAUUAUCAGCAAACAAAGCCACUCAAAACUCCAUAAAACAGCUAUAAAUUACUUUACCGUUAUUUAUACAAAUAUACGCCCAAUAAUAUAAAAUUAAUUUAUGUACUUGUAACCAGUGUGUAGAUGUGUGCAGAUGUAAGUACUUUGAACAGAAAAUAAGGAAGAAGGUCUUUUACUUCUAUAUUUUCUUUAAUUUUCUUUUAUAUAUUUGUUACAUUUUCUUUACGAACUAAAUAAUUUAUAUCGUCAUCUAUAAUACAAAAUAACGUAACAUCACUUUUCAUAUGUUAUGAGGCGAGGAAAACCGAUGUAAAGGAAACCACUCAUAUUCAAAGAAAAAUUUAGUUUUGGUUAUAAAAUGGUAAUAUAUUGGUUAAAUGUUGGUUAUAUAUUGGUUAUUUAUUGGUUAUAUCUGACAGCAAAAGCUGUAAAUUUUUGGCUACAUAUAUAUAUACAUAUAGUAUAACAUCAUGUAAUGAAUCGUAAGCAGUAGAAAACUUAAUUUCGGUUUUACUGAUGAUGCUUUGUUUCGCAUUUUAGGUGACGAUAUAAAUAUUCAUUUAUUAAAGCCUAACUUUACAACGUUUUGUGUAUGCAGUGUGACAAAAAAUUACACGGAAAUUGUAAAUAAAACACAAAAUAUUGAAUUAUUUAUCAUUUUUAUUUUGCCGCCUUCAAAGU